AUGAUAAUAUGGCUUUUUUGUUUCCCCUCCAAAAAUUUACCUUUUUUUUUUUUUUACUGUUUCUCCCUCUUGCCCAUCGCGGGGAUUUUUAUUUUUUUGCUCUUCUUCUUCUUCCUCUUCUCUCUUCAGCUUCAGCGUCACCGUCGACUUCAACGCCUGCUUCGAUUCCAGCUUCUUUGCGCCGGUAACUCCUCGACCUUUUUCAACCAGCCCACCGCCGUCUUCUCCGCCAUCAUGAUUAUCUUCAAGGAUAUCAUCACCGAUGACGAGCUCAUCUCGGACGCCUACAAGAUGCAAGACAAGGGCGUCAUCUACGAGGUCGACGCAAAGAGAGUCACCAAGGGCGCUGACAACAUCCAACUCGAGGGAGCCAACCCUUCCGCUGAAGAGGCCGACGAAGGCACGGAGGAUACUAGCACGACCGUCAUCGACGUCGCCGACUCCUUCAGACUCAGCCCCGUUGAGUUCGAUAAGAAGGCCUACACCUCUGCCGUCAAGAGUACCUUCUCCCUCCCCCGCACCAAAUAG